UUUAUCGAAUUGUUAAAAAUGAACUUUGAUAAGAUUCAAGUUUUCCAUCGGAUUAAAUUUCUAGUACAUAAUGGCAAAUUUUUUCGUACAACACAGACUGUAGCAACGAAUAAAAGUAAAUAUUCAAAAACAGUUUUACUACCAAAGACGACCUUUCCUUUAAAAAUAUCACACGAAAAGCGAACAGCUACCGAUCAUUUAAUUCAAUCGAAUUGUUCAUUUAAAGAUUUAUAUGAAUGGCAAAGAAAACAUUUAAAAGGUCCAGAUUUUGUAUUGCAUGAUGGUCCACCUUACGCAAAUGGUAGUGUUCAUAUGGGACAUGCCGUUAAUAAGAUAUUAAAAGAUAUAAUAUUAAGGUAUAAAGUUAUAACAGGAACAAGGGUUCAUUUUAAACCUGGUUGGGAUUGCCAUGGUUUACCUAUUGAAUUGAAAGCUUUAAAAAAUGAUACCAAUUAUAAACCCAUUAAUAUUAGAAAUAAAGCUAGAAAGUUUGCUGCGGAUACAAUAGAAAAACAAAAACAAGUAUUUACAUCUUGGGGCGUUAUGGCAGAUUGGAAAAAUCAAACUUAUAGCACUUACGAUAAAAAUUAUGUAAUUAAUCAAUUGCUUUGUUUUUACGAUUUAUACGAUCGUUCAUACAUUUAUAGAGAUAUGAAACCAGUUUAUUGGUCCCCUUCAUCUAGGACUGCCUUAGCAGAAGCAGAAUUAACAUAUAAUAAAGAACAUAAAAGUACUGCAGCUGUUGUUAAAUUUAAAUUAACUCAUUUACCAUUCUGUGUAGAGAAUUUAAAAACAUGGAAAACGGUUUAUGUAUUGGUAUGGACAACAACACCUUGGACUCUACCAGCGAAUCAAGCAAUAUGCUUCAAUCCAAAACUAGAAUAUGGAUUAUAUGAACCAUUCAAUACAGGAGAUGACUGUUAUAUAUAUUGUAAAGAUUCACUGGAACAAUCUGGAGUUACGUUUGAUACUCAAACUUGGGAAUUAUGUCGAUUUCCAGGAGAAGCUUUAAGCACUGCCAAAUAUAUACACCCAUUAUCACAAAAAAUUCAACCACUAAUUCCUGCAGAUUUCGUCACUUCUACAAAGGGUACAGGACUUGUACAUAUUGCUCCUGGACAUGGUCAUGAUGAUUUUGUGGUGGGAAUUCGUAAUAAAUUAAAAAUUGAAUCAAUUGUGGACGAUGAUGGUAAGUUUAAUGAUAAGACUGGAUUAAAAUUAAGAGGUUUACCUGUCCUCGAAGAAGGUACAAAUGCCGUUUUAAAGUGUUUAAGUGACAAUAUAUUAUCUACAAAUGAAUAUACGCAUUCGUAUCCUUAUGAUUGGAGAACUGAGAAGCCUGUUAUAAUUAAAGCAAGUAAACAAUGGUUUAUCAACACUGAAAAAUUAAAAGAAAAGGCUUUGGAACUUAUGGAAAAUGUCAAGAUAUAUCCACAAAAAAAUAGUUCAAGUAUACGAAAUGCAAUGAUGGAAAAAUUAGGAAGUCGACCAUAUUGGUGUAUAUCUCGGCAACGAGUUUGGGGUGUUCCAAUUCCUGUGUUUUACAAUUACAAAAAUGAUCGACCUUAUUGUUCAAAGUCUUUCAUCUUGCAUAUUUGUGAUUUGAUACGGAAGUAUGAUACAGAUUUUUGGUGGACUAUGUCUAAAAAAGAAAUUAUUCCUGAUUCAGUUUUAGAAGAGGAAGAUUUACUAUUCAACGAUGUUAUCCUAGGCGAGGAUAUUUUAGAUAUAUGGUUUGACAGUGGUGUUUCUUGGUCAAGUGUCCUAGAUAAUGAACAAGUAGCGGAUUUAUAUUUGGAAGGAGUUGAUCAAAUAACUGGAUGGUUUCAAUCGUCUCUAUUAACAUCUGUUGGACUUACAGAACGUUCACCUUACAAAAAUUUAUAUGUUCAUGGGUUCGUUGUUGAUGAUCUUGGUCGUAAAAUGUCUAAGUCUAUAGGAAAUGUUAUUGAUCCACAAACAAUCAUCACUGGAGAUAAAGGAAAAAAGGCAUAUGGUGCAGAUGUACUAAGAUGGUGGGUAGCAUCGCAUGCUUUAUCGGAUUCCAAAAUAUCAUUACGUCAAAGUACUUUAGAUUUAAGUGCAGAAAACUUACAAAAAAUGCGAAGUGUGUUUAGAUUUUUGAUGGCGAAUUUAUAUGAUUACGAUCCCUCUGAACAAAUUCAUAUAAAUGAAUUCAAAGUAUUAGAUCGUUAUAUUCUUCAUCUUUUACUUGAAUUGUGUGAGCAAGUGUCGAUUUUCUAUGAUAAUUAUGAAUUUAAUAAAGUUUGUACGAUUGUAAAUAAAUUUAUAUCAAAUUAUAUAUCUGCGUUGUAUUGUACUUCAGUUAAAAAUCGAUUAUAUUGUGAAAAUAAGACAAGUACAAGUAGAAGAUGUGUUCAACAUGUCUUGUAUCAAACGUUAAGGACAUUAAUGAGUUGUAUAGCGCCAAUAGCACCACAUCUAGCAGAAGAAAUAAAUAUGCAUAUGCCUAGUAAAUUACAAAUAUCAUCUGUAUUUAAAGAACGUUUUGUAUUGGAUCCUAUUUGGCAGGAUUUAACAAUUGAAGAACCAAUGGAAUUUGUUAUAAAUAUUAAAAAUGAUAUUAAUAAAAUGUGUAUCAAUCAAAAUGUUACAACCAUGGUUGCAGCCAUUCGUGUAUCUAAACAAGAUUAUGAUAAACUAGCGAUGUUUCAAGAUGAACCAAUAUCUACAGAUUCAGAAUUAAUAGAUAUCUGGCAAGUGUCUGAAGUGGCUUUGGAUACAACAAGUGAAGUAACACCAAUAGAAAAAACAGUACAAAUUAGUUUAAAAACAACAACAUUGAAUCAAUGUCCACGAUGUAGACGAUUUAAUUCUAAAAUUAAAAAUUCAUUAUGUUUGAAUUGUUCAAAUGUAUUAAGAGAAUCUGAUUUAGAUGUUGAGUGUGUUGGUUCUUAAAAUCUGAAUAAUGUUCAAUCAAUAUUUAAAAAAUAUUGAUUGUAUGAUGAUGUAUUGAUAAUGUUAAACUGAAGUCUCAAUGAAAUACUGAAAUCGCUUAAUUUUUUAUAAAAGUUAACUCUACAAUUAUAAU